AUGGCAAAGCUCAUAGCACUAGCACUUGCUUUCACAGCCCUUGUAGCCUUUGCUUCCGCCCACAGCACCAUCAUCACCACCACCAUCGAGGAGGAAAGCACAUUCUCGAAGCAGCAGUGCAGCCGACAGCUCCAGGGUCAAAGAUUGAAUCAGUGCCAGAGGUAUCUCGCGCAGGGCCAGAGUUUGUAUGAAGAAGACGACCGGAGUCAGAAACAGGGCGGCCUCCAGUUGUGCUGCCAAGAGCUCCAAUUCGUCGACGAGCAGUGCCAGUGUGAGGCUGUGAAGGAAGCAUUCCGGGAAGCCCAGAAGAUGCAACAACAACAACAGGGACAACAAGGCGGAAGCUUCGGUUCCAAGCAGAUCAGACAAAUGAUGCAGAAGGCUCAGAACCUUCCUAACCAAUGCAAACUCCAAACUAGACAAUGCCAAGUCGGAAAAAUCUCAAUCACCACCUUCACCACUAUCACCGAGGACACCACCUACAGCCGCCGUGGCUCGCAACAGCAGUGUGAGCACAUCCGAAGCCGACAAUUCAACCAGUGCCAAAACUUCAUCCAACGACAAAUGGGUUCCUAUGCAACCCUUCUGAUGAGCGUCAGCAGGCAAGGUCAACAGCCACAAGGUCUCGAACAAUGCUGCAAUGAGCUUCAGAACGUGGAGGAAGAAUGCCAGUGCGAGGCCAUGCAGGAGGUGUACAGGCAAGCCCAGAGGCAGCAGCAACAAGGGAGCCAACAACGUAGCCGACGUGGUGGACAGCCUCAGACCCAAGACUUGCAGCAGAUUGUUCAAAGUCUGCCCAACCAAUGCAAACUAGAAGUGCAGCAAUGCCGAAUCCCAUCUACCAUGUUCUAA